UAGAGACCGUGGUACGAGGCGACUACCUCAUCCACAGAGCAGCGUUCUGGCCGCCUUGGGUUUUUCUCCUGCGAGGGUUUUCCCCAAGGAUGCACGGUUCUAGGUUGCAGCUACUGGCAAUCUUGGAGGUCAUGGAUUUCCUGCCUUAGGGUGUGGAAAGCUACUUGACCUAUCUGUGCAAGAGAAUUCUAGGCUGGAGAGGGAUGAGUUCCCGCUGACGGGAUGACCUCUUGAAAGUAAUGCGCCAUUGUGCCGAUGAUAUGCUGGAUGAACUAGAUGGAAUAGCGGUUGCAUGCAACUUUGCCAGGACCACCUGCUUUGACGUCCAAGACGAUGUGCUUGAAACUACCGUAGGGCUGGCUACGAGUAGGGCAGGUGCCACUUGGGGGAAAGGGCGCCCGGUGCUCUCCGUUGAUGCAAGUGGACAUUGCGGGUGUU